AACAGUUUGUCGCACAGUUGCUCUGUGAAACAUGGCCACCGCCGGAGACUCAAGGGUCGAACUGCAGAAGGAAUUAGUGUGCGCCAUUUGCCUCGAUUAUUUCGACGACCCUGUGAUUUUAAAAUGCGGCCACAAUUUCUGCCGCAUGUGCAUUUUGAUGCACUGGGAGGAAAAUGGAGACGACGAUGUUGGUUACCGGUGUCCGGAGUGCAGGAUGGUGUUUGCCAAAAUGAGUUUUACCAAGAAUUACCUGGUGAAGAACUUGGUGGAUAAACUUAGCGACUUCGAUUAUCUGAAGACAUGUAGGCCCUCUGCACCCGUCAAACCAGUGAAAAUGGAUGGGAAAUGUGAGCGACACCACGAGGAGCUCAAACUGUACUGCCACACAGACAGAAAGCCCAUCUGCGUGGUGUGCCGGGAAUCUAGAGCCCAUAGACACCAUGAUGUUGCUCCUGUUCCAGAGGUUGUUGAAGACAUGAAGAGUGAGCUCAAGCUAAGGUUGAUCAAGCUCAACUGGCAGAAGUCCAUGUGUGCCAGAGUAAAGGGCACAGAUGAGCAGGUCAAAGCCGACAUUAAGCUCAAGAAACAAGCCCUGAAGGAGAAGAUUGAGGAAGAUGUUGGUUCCCUGGUUCAGUUUCUGUUGGAUGAGAAGGAUGAUCUCUUGGAAAGGUUGGAGUUUGAAGCGGUGGCCACUAUUGGGCUCAUCGAUGAGAACCUGAAGUGUGUGGAGAGCGAGGCAGCCAAAGUGGACAAAGCCAUCACUGAAAUUCAGAACCAGCUGAGUGACAGCACUAACUUUGAGAGUAUUAGAAAUUCAUACUCUAGCCAAUGCCAUAUCAACCUCAGUGUUCAAGUGUCUAACAGCCCUCCAGAUUUCUCAGAGUUCACAGGUCCCUUUCAGCUCAUCAUGUGGAAGAAAAUGAUGCAUGUGUUACACACAAUGCCUCAGAAUCUGACUCUAGAUUUAGACACUGCCCACCCCUCCUUGAACAUCAGUGACUUUGACACAAAAGUAGAGGAGGGCCGAGUUCGGUCCCAAGAGCCCGACAUGCCACAGCGUUUCACGCGUUUCUUUGGGGUGCUCGCCACUGCCCAGUAUUCCAGCGGGCAGCACUAUUGGGAGGUGGACGUAAGGGACAAGGGGGUCUGGUAUCUGGGUGUCACUACUGAGUACAGCAACCGCAAAGGUUUCGUUAAUCUUUCACCGUCUGCUGGCUACUGGAGCUUGUGUCUCCAAGACCGACUGUACGCCAAUGAGGAGGACUCCCGCGUGCCCGUAGCAGACUAUUGGAACUCCCCGCGUGUCGGAGUGUUCCUGGAUUACGACAGGGGUCAUGUUACUUUCUUCGAUGCUGUCACUAUGAAACGCAUCUAUAACUUUGUCACAUACUUUGAUGAGCCUGUGUCGCCCUUCUUUAGCCCUGGGAAAAACGACCCAGGCAGCCGACUACAGAUAUGCCAUUUCUACUGAAAAUCACACGAAGCAGCAAGGAUAAAAACAAACAAAUGCUCCUGUUGUUGCUUCUAUGCUAAGGAAACAUUUCAAGGCAUUUUCCUCCUGAACGUAGGGAGGGAGUGGAUUGUUCAAGCUUCUUAAGCUCUUUGGAUUCAGUUGAUCUGAAUUAAGAACCAGUGUAGAGCUUUGAUGCACCAUAAGACGAAGGAGUGAAUUGAAUUUCUCUUUGUUGAAUUAUGAUGUAGCCCCACUGAAAUUCAGGUAGAGAGGCAUUGCAGGUUUUCACAUUUUAUGUCAACUUUAUCUGCUCCAUGUAGUCUCUAGUCUUUGACCUCAGUGUUGUCUAUUGUGCUUCAAUGUACAGGUGAAAAUAAGAACUUGAACCCAAUGUCUGUCAGGUCAAACCUUUAUUGAUGGUUGAUAUGAACUACAUUUAAAUCAACAGAGAGAAUCAGCAAGUAAUAACUUUUGCUUUUUUUUACCAUAGACAACUUUUUUUCUGAUCACUCUGUAUCCCAUUAUAUGGCAUAUAUUCAGACAUUUUUUUUUAACUGAAUUAUUUUGUCUUCAUUUGCAAGAGAUAUAUUUGUUAGACAAAUUACCCCUUCACAUUGUAUGUAAUGAGUUACAUAAAAGGUUUUACGUUGUAUGAACGCAUCCUAAUAUCUUAAUAGCUCAGACUGUAAUAGGUGCUAUGCAACUUUUGAGUAUGUGUGGAGAGUUUUCGACAAAAAAGUAGGUCAGAUAUCCUGUGAGGAGUAUCCCUGUGUUCAUUUAAUUACGUAGAGAUUCAUUUUUAGAAUUGAGUCCUAAAGCUGUGUGCCAUUCUUGUUACAUUGCCAUUUUUUUAAACAAAUUUCAAGGUCUUGUAUUACAUAUUAACAGUUUUAUUCUCCACUACUACAAAAAUAAAAUCCUGACUGAGCAGGAUAGAUACUGGUUUGGUCAAACACUUCAUACUGGAAUGAGCACAAAGAAUCAGUCUCAAUUCUCAUCUUUUGACUGGAGCUCAGAUGGGGGGUUGUUGUUCUUGGCAAGGUAAUGUUUAAAGAACUAGUGUCAUAAUUAUAAGUACAAAAUACAGAGUGCUGAUGGACCAAAACGUUAAUGAGAACACCUAAAGUGAUAAUUUCUAGAUCUAACAAUAUUUUGUACGUUAUAACCAUUUGCUUAACAACGAUCAGUUUUCCAGCUCUGAUACACUCACAAUACAAUUGGUGCUGUUUGCUUUCUUUUGUCCAAAUCUGGGACAAAGUGAUCUAAAUGAUCUAAGUGUUAACAUUUAGAGUACUUUAUUAAUCAUUGUCUACUUUCAAAUGAGUUCAGAUUGAAGACAUUGAGUGUAAUCUCUGUAGGUAUUAUCUGAUUUUAUUUCUAUUCCUUUUAAUUACUGAUGUAAGAACUGUUACAUCACUAUUGAGCCUAACAGCUGGAUUUAUUUUUGUGUGAAUUAACCACUGCAAUAUGUAUUGAAUGUCUUUUCUCUGCAGUAAUA